AUUUGCCAGAUACAAUUUCGUGUUGUAGUUCUGGUCGAGUCGCGACGAUGGCAACCCACCUCUUCUGCUGGCUCUUUUGCGCCUUGCAUAUCUUCGUCGGAAUUUCCGCUCAAAGUAGCCUGCAGAAUUUUUGGUCAUCCAUCGAGGUGUUCGAGAAGUUGGCGGAGGGCAAAAGUGCCGAGUGCAGAAACCACACCAAGGUGCUGCUCCAAAGUCUUAGAAAUGCCACUUUCUGGGCUGUCCAAAUGUUGGAUGCAUCGGCAAACACGCCAUCAGGAAUUCUGGAAGGGAACAUUUACAAUUUGGGCGAUUUCGACGAGUGUCUCUCCGUCGACAAUGGACAAAUCCAGGGCCAAUACUGUUUGGCCUCCCUAAACGUGGAUGGUCCUCGCCUAGAGAACCUCAGGGGACGGCCAGUGCACGACGCUCAACUCACGCCAUACCCUUUUAGCAAUGCAUGGCACCACAUACAAAAUCGAGGUGAGCGAUGGCGUGCACCGCGUGAUUCGGUGAAACUUGCUAUUUGUGUGCCAAAAACGUGCUCGAACAGCGACGUACAGCGAGCCAUGCACGCCGCCUUCGCCCCCCGGGUUGCCCUUCUGAACGGCACCCUGCACGUUGAAGUGCCCCAACGAUUGUGCUCCACCCACGAGCCGUUCGAAAUAUCCUCUCUGGACAUCGCAUUUUUUGCCGUUGUUGGUGUUUUGCUUGUUGUGGUGGUAACGGCUUCUAUUUAUGAACACGUUUUGAAGAGCAGAAGAGAGAAGAGGGAUGAAAAAGCAAUACAAUCUUUAGGUCUGCAGAUAUUUCUGUGUUUCGCGGCGGGCAAAAACUUUUCAGGGUUGUCAAACAUGGAGAAGGAGAGCGACACCGAUCUCAACUUCUUGUUUGGCAUCCGCCUCUUUUCCAUCCUGACGGUGAUUGCCUGCCACAAAGUCGGAUUCACCACCGCCGGCCCCGUCAAAAACCCCAACUUUCAGGAACAGUCUUUCGGCAAACUGCAGUACAUGCCGGUGCUGCAUGGUGACCUGGUGGUUGACACGUUUUUCUUUUUGGCCGGCUUUUUGCUCACCGUCGGUCUGCUGAAAGCUCUCAGGAGACCCAUCGCUGGGAUGAAAGUAUCCGUCUGGCCGCUCUACCUCUUCCGAUACUUGAGAUUGACGCCGGCCUACAUGCUGACCAUUUUAUUCUACGUGUCGAUAUUGCCAAAAAUGGGCUCGGGGCCGCUGUGGAAAGUGACCGUGGUGCCGGAGAGCGAGUACUGCCGCGAGAACUGGUGGGCGAACGCGCUCUACGUCAACAACUACGUGCGCGUCGAGCGCUCGUGCAUCGAACAGGGCUGGUACAUGCCUUGCGACAUGCACAUGUUUGUUGUUUGCGCGCCGCUUGUGCUGCUGGUGCACCGCAGGCCAAAGGUCGGUCUGCCGCUGCUCGGGGCGCUCACCUUUGCCUCGGUGAUCGCACCCCUGCUCACCAUCUGGAUCCUCGACACCGACGCCAUGCUCCUCUUCUUCCUCGAUUUCUUGCGCGGCUCAAGGGUUCACCCGUACUUCUCGUCGUUGUACGUUAAGAGUCAUGUGCGUGCCAGUCCCUACUUCAUCGGAGUGAUAAUUGGAUUAAUCUACAUGAGCAAGAGGCAGGCUAGAUUGGCCAAAGCCAAGUCCUUACCCCUGCUCCUAAUUGGAUUCGCGCUGGCGCUGGCGACAAGUCUCUCGGCGGCGCUUUUCUACCACACCGAGGGCGCCGUGGCCACUUCGCCGGCCGCCAGGGCCUUCUACGGUGCCUUCCACAGGCCCAUGUGGACGCUCGCCAUGGGACUCAUAGUGCUUGCCAUUGCACGAGGAAGAUUAACUUUUAUGCGCAAAAUUCUCAGCUGGAAACCCUUAAUUCCUCUAAGCAAACUGAGCUACGGCGCCUUUUUGAUCCACGUCAUCAUUCUUUGGUACAGUGCGGGCACCGCUAGAGAAGCCACUUACAACAACACCUUCCUUGUGAUAUUGAAAACGAUGGGCGAUACGACGGUUACCUUCGGCGUGGCGCUGCUGCUCUACCUCGCCGUCGAAGCGCCGAUCAGAGAUAUGACCAAAUUAGCGCUGAGCUCGCGCAUCAAAAUGCAGAUGGACGAGAACAAGAAGCUGCCAAUGGAAGAGCUGAACUCGUCGAGCGACGUCGCGUCGAACGGCGUGUCCUCCUCGAUGGAUUCCGGUGUCUGCACGCCCAGCGCCGACCUGAAUUUCAAGCACCUCUCUAAUGUUGCAGUUUGAAUAAAUCGCUCAAUUUGCAUCGUGACUGGCACUGCCCCAUUUGUGUUAUAACAUGGGAGACAAAAAUGAUGAUUCACCAAAAUGCUUCAUAAACUAACAUAGUUCAUAUUAUAUUAUAUGUAAGAAUCAAAACCCUUACCUCAAUUUUUAAUUUUAAGUGUCAAGCAUAAUAAUAAAAAAAUUUCAAAAGAAGAUCAAAUUAUAUUUUUUAUAUAUUUUAAAUACAAAAUGAUUAUUUUCUCAAAAAUUUUUAUUGUAUUGCCGGAUGCGAUAUGUGGACUUAAAUUAGUUAUAUGGUUAUUACUAAGGAAAAUUUUUUUGUCCAAUAUUAUUAAAUAUUAGCAAAAAUUUAAUUUAGAGGCAAGAAUUUAUAACAAUUUGGUUAAUAUUUUGCGUCCCUUUAUUGAAAAUUUCUAUUGCGAAGAGAGAUUUUUUGUGAAUUCACAAAAUUAGAGCUAGACAAAUUAUAUUUUAAAUUAAGAAGAUACCAAAUUUAUUUUUAAUCCCUCAAACAUUAUCUGAGCAUGCGUGACUGAAUAAAAAGAAUGUAAUUUGAAACUUAAUUAAAAAAAAAAUAAUAAUAAAGUUUUAAAAGAAAUAAUGAAUUGAAAAUUGAAUAAAAAAUAAUGACAACUGAAAUCUGAAACUUCCUUGCCUUUUUUUUCUGUGACGCAAUAAUGAUGAUGGGAAUUUCUUAAAACUCUAGUGUCAAAA